AUGGGUGGAGGAUUAUCAAGGCAGGAAGAGCUGUUUGUGCUUGGCAAAUGGGCUGAGCUCCUAGAAAGCGCCAUGGACGCCGAUACUGAACGGUCCACUGAAGAAGCUAACCGUGGUGGGCAUUCAUCGUCACAGUUCCGUAUGUCGUUUCAUGAAUGGCAGGCUCUCAUCUCACUGCUCGAUAGCGCGCAGUCCUCUGAGGUGCCAUCACGUCUUUGUGCGAGCAUCCGUGGCAUGCAACUUUUGAAUCCAAGCGUUGCCGUCAUGAUACAUGUCUGUUGCUGGGUGGAUGGGAGCGUCAGUGAGAAGAGCUUCGUCGAGCGCCUUAGACUUCUUCAAGAUGACCUGCGGUCUCAGGAGAGCACGCCAAGGCGAGGGGGACAAUCAAAGGAUGAGGAAGCCGAACGAGAAUUAGUGAACACCGCACUUCGUGUCCUCACGGACCUUGUGGCACAUCGAGGAGAACCAUUAGCUCAGAAGCGCGGAAGUCGAGUGGGAAAUGCGGCGGUUGACAACCUCAUCGCGUGGGGUGGCUCCAAGAGACCUGUUGCUAUGCUUGCACACGCCUUCAUCGUUGGAGCUGUUGCCUGCAUUCACCCGGAGCCGUACUACGCCGAGGCCGCCAUCUACACCUUUCGCAAGUUGCAAGACGUGAUGAAUGAGGCAGUUGCCGCCGCCACACGUGGGAGGCGAGGUGGAAAGACAGCCGCAUGUAACGUUGCAGAGUGGCAGGCUAUGCGACGGCUGGAAACUAUUCUUGUGCGCCGUCAACAAGAAGUCGAUGUUGCCGAUCUUCUUACGACAAAAGAUCGCUGGUGGCUUCCUUCAAAAGUGACGACAGCGCAUGCACCGUCGACAAAAAGCCAAGAGGAACGUUGGGAAGAGGUGUGUUUGCACUACAUUGGCCAGCAGCAUAUAUGGGCAACUCUGAAGACGCACUUCUUGACCUCGGAUAUUUUCAACGCUGAAAAACCGACGGUGAUUCUCCUCUUUGGUCCAUCAGGGUUUGGUAAAUCGGAGUUGGCGCGACGCCUCGCGUGCGUGAUUCACGGCAUUGAGCCCGGUGAUGUGGAGACCAGUGGCAAGCUGAUUUAUAUACAUCUUCCAUCCUUCUGCACACGUGACUCCAUAUAUUCGCUUGUUGACCCACCAGCCGCACACGUUGGGGAAGGUGUUCUACUCUCGGCGCUUCGCAAGAAUGAUGAUGCGGUUGUGGUUCUUGAUGAGUUUGAAAAGGGCGCUGCAAACGCUAUUCAAAACCUAUGGCUUUCAGCCUUUCAAAAGAAGGGCACACUUCGCUCAUUAAAGGAGGCAUCACGGUCAGUAUCAACAGAAAAAGUGGUCUUUGUUCUCACGUGUAACACUGCCGCCGAUACCAUCUUGCGUCGCGAGGAAGAAUACUUGCAAGCCAGUGCAGGGGAGCAGGCAAAAAUGCGAAAAGAGUGGAUUGACAUGUGUCGAGAUGUGUGUCGAAGGACCAUGCAUGAUCCUUUUGUCAAUCGUGUUGAUUACUUUUUCCCUGUUGUCCCAUACACGGAGGCGGAGAAGCGGCAGUUUAUUCAUCUCCAGCUUCGCCGAAUGUUGCUAGAGCAACGUGCGAGGCACCAUCGUUUUUAUGUUACACCCCGCAUGGUAAAAGCCCUUGCGAGGAAACUGCAGACAUUUCAUGCUUCAACCAUAGAGGGUGUGGUGCGUCCGUUGCUUGUGGAGGCGAUACAUAAGAAGUGGAAUAUUGCCGUUUUAACCGUGGUGGAGCACAUCAGCGGCAGCGUGUUUGUUGCACUUCCGGUAACGGACACGUCUGAUGGUGUUGCAAUGUGGAACUCCCUUCCUGGGGCCAAGUGUGCGUUGGAGAUGUGUGAGGAGCCAGCGGGUGUGACAGCAAGUGAAGGUUUAGUAGAGAAAAGUUUGACCAAUGUAGUGUCAGGCAAAAAGAUUGGUGGUGGUGCCAUGAGCAUUAACACUGUAUCCCGACAUAAAAGUGUGGAUGCAGCUCCUCAACUUACGUCUGAGGCAAUCAGCUUAGGCCUGGAUACAAGCGUGGGGGCAGAGAAGAAGUACACUCUACAGUUGGAGACCACCGUUGAGAAGGAGCUGCAAGUGGAAUUGAAACGCACAAAGGAGCUCCUGGUUCUGAAGGAAAAAGAAAUUGUAUACUUAAAGGAAAAGGUUUUCCAGCUUGAGAAAAUAUUAGCCUUUUUUCUGGCUACCACGCUUAUGUGUCUACUGCUUCUCUCUUUUCUUGUGGGUAUGAAAACUGUUCUUGUGAUUAGUCUUCUGCUUUUUGUGUCUCUUUGGCUACUCGUGAAAAUGCCACUCCAGCUAUUGAUGGGAGCGAUUCGGGUUUUGUACGGUGUUCUCGGUCCCGUCGGUUCCACCCUCGCGGUGUUGGUGGCGUCACUGUGGGCAUCACAGGCAUUGCGGAACGCCGCAGUGUGCUGA